GGCGAUGCCAGUACAAGGCAAGGCACGCGGCGUAGAAACUCGCAGAUGCAAUCUAUGUAGUUUCAUUUCGGUUUCAGCAACGGCACAGUUCGGCGCACAGUUUAAGACAUUUCGUAUACAAAGCAUAAUCGUGAAUUGAGCCGCGCUUUUGAACGCUGUGACGGUGUUAUUUGAUUAAGUACAUUAGUUGGUGGUGCUAUUAGUGGAUUAGAAGAAAGUCGACCGCUCGAUCGAAAAUGCUUAAAUCGAUACUGACCUUCGCUGAUCAGUUUUUAUUUUUGAUUAUGGGGUACAUCAUGCGGCGCUUUCUGCGGUCGGCCAUGAUCGUCUUCAGUUGGUUCGUUGUACCCUACAGUCGCUUCACCAACAUCAAAGUGAACCGCAAAAAGUUGCCGCCCAUACGGAGUCACCUGCUGGAAAUACCCGCUGUCGAUUUGGCCAAACUGAUUCGCAAUGGAAAGAUCAAAAGCGAAGAGGUGGUCGAGGCGUACAUCGAGCGGUGUAAGCAGGUGAAUCCGUUGAUUAAUGCGAUUGUGCAAGAUCGCUUCGAAGAGGCGCUUGAGGAGGCACGUGAAACUGAUCGCCUUAUCGCGUCCGGCAUCAAUACCAUCGAGGAGAUGGAGGAGAAUACACCAUUGUUAGGCAUACCGGUAACGGUGAAGGAGAGUAUCGCCGUGAAGGGCUUAACCAAUCAGGCGGGCCGCGUUUUUAAAACACCACAAAUUGCCAAAUCCGAUGCGCCUGUGGUGGAGCAGAUCAAACGUUGUGGUGGCAUAAUAAUGCUGGUAUCGAAUACACCAGAGCUGUGCCUGCUGUGGGAGACCUACAACAAUGUGACAGGGCAAACAAAGAACCCUUACGAUUUGAAGCGCACACCUGGUGGCUCUUCGGGCGGUGAGGCGGCUUUGUUGGCGAGCGGUGCUUCGUUGUUGGGACUGACCUCCGAUAUUGGUGGCUCAUCACGCCUGCCCGCCAUGUUCAGCGGCAUUUGGGGACACAAACCAACACCAUACUCAGUCUCAUUUAAGGGUCACCAUCCGACUAGCGAUUACCCGAAAUGGGGUGAUUUCUUCACAAUUGCGCCGAUGACACGUUACGCUAAAGAUCUACCAUUAUUGCUCAAAUGCAUGUUGGAUCCUACCGGACCUAAGCUGACACUCGAACGUGAACUUAGUCCACAGAGCAUACGUUUCUUCUUCAUGGAUAACGAUGGUCCAUCGGGCAUGAUGCGUCCGUUGAGUCGCGAUCUGCAUGCCGCCAUCAAUCGUGUGGCCACCGAUUUUAAUGCGAAACGUGUAAAUAUCAGAAAAAUGAAACUCUCACUAGACAUCUCACUAUCUGCCAUGCUGACCAUGAAGAACAUCGAAACCAUCUAUUACAAAACAGAAGAAGGCGAACGUCCGAAAACCGUGUGCACCGAAACUGUAAAAUACUUCUUCGGCUGUUCGGAUAGCAUAUUGCCAUCGGUGAUAUUCGGACAUUUGCAAAACUUCAUGAAAAUCAUACCGAAUUCACGACACAAGCACUUGGCCACCAUUAUUGAGGCGCUCAAGACUGAAUUCAAAGAGCUGCUCGGGAACGAUGGCGUCUUUCUCUAUCCAACAUUUCCGAAUACGGCGCAUCAGCAUUAUCAAAUCUACCACAAACUGUUGGAGCCCAUGUAUAUGGCGAUAUUCAAUACGCUGGGCUUGCCCGUCACCAACUGUAUGAUCGGUUUGGAUCGACGUAAUCUGCCAAUGGGCAUACAAGUGGUGGCGAAUCCGGGACAGGAUCAUCUUUGCUUGGCGGUGGCGCGCGAAAUGGAGCGACGCUACGGUGGUUGGGUGCGUCCGCCUUCAGAGGAGUCAGCGAAGCGUGUAUAAAGCAGCAGUGAGGAGCAAAAUGGGAGAAAGAGAGUGAGAGCGGGAGCGAGAGAGUUCAUAUAUGUAAUUAGGCGUAAAGUGCAAAGGGUGUGCCUUCAAUGCUGUGUGGGCAGUUCAAACUAUUUUAGUAAGUUCAAAGCGGUGCAAAUAUAAAUUGGGUUGUACUGCUAUGUAUAUAAGAAGGAAUGUAGAGAUUGUGCCUUUAUACAUCAUGGUGCCUCAUUUGUGCUACGCCUGCUCUGAGUUUAGUAAAGCUCUUGGACGUCAACUUUCUAAGCUUUGCAAAGCGACUGAUGUUACGUUAUAACAAAAAAAAUAUUUUCAUAAUUUUAUAUACUAUAUUAUUAUAUACUAUAUAGAUUUAGUUCAAUUUGUAAAUCGGGCGCAUCACAUUUUUGUAACUGUAAUUUAAUUUGCAUUUGCAUCACGAGUA